UGAGUUCUCGUCGGCCCGCAGGGGCCGACGGGAACGGCGGCCGCACUAAAGAGGGCCGACAUGGCGGCGGCGGCGGCUUCGCUUCGCCGGUCGGUGCUGGGCCCGCGGGGCGUAGGGCUUCCGGGCGCGAGUGCUCCGGGACUGCUGGGCGGUGCGCGGUCCCGGCAUCUUCCAUUGCGGACACCGCAGGCAGUGUCCUUGUCCUCGAAGUCUGGCCUUUCCCGGGGCCGGAAGGUGAUGCUGUCAGCGUUGGGCAUGCUGGCGGCAGGGGGUGCAGGGCUAGCUGUGGCUCUGCAUUCUGCUGUGAGUGCCAGUGACCUGGAGCUGCACCCCCCCAGCUACCCAUGGUCUCACCGUGGCCUCCUCUCCUCCUUGGACCACACCAGCAUCCGAAGGGGUUUCCAGGUAUACAAGCAGGUGUGCUCUUCCUGCCACAGCAUGGAAUAUGUGGCUUACCGCCACCUGGUGGGAGUGUGCUACACGGAGGAGGAAGCGAAGGCGAUGGCUGAGGAGGUGGAGUUCCAGGAUGGCCCUAAUGAGGAUGGAGAGAUGUUCAUGAGGCCAGGCAAGCUGUCUGACUAUCUUCCAAAACCGUACCCCAACCCUGAGGCUGCCAGAGCUGCUAACAAUGGAGCCUUACCCCCGGACCUCAGCUACAUCGUGCGAGCUAGGCAUGGUGGAGAGGACUAUGUAUUCUCCUUGCUAACUGGCUACUGUGAGCCCCCCACUGGGGUGUCAUUGCGAGAAGGCCUCUACUUCAACCCUUACUUCCCUGGCCAGGCCAUUGGCAUGGCUCCUCCUAUCUACAAUGAAGUCUUGGAGUAUGAUGAUGGCACCCCAGCUACCAUGUCUCAAGUAGCCAAGGAUGUUGCCACCUUCCUUCGAUGGGCAUCGGAGCCAGAGCAUGACCAUCGGAAACGCAUGGGUCUCAAGAUGUUGUUGAUGAUGGGCUUGCUGCUGCCCCUGACCUAUGCCAUGAAACGACAUAAGUGGUCAGUCUUGAAGAGUCGAAAGCUGGCAUAUCGGCCGCCCAAGUGACCCUGCCUAGUCAUCUUGCCUGAACAAGCCCUCAGCAGCCCAGGACAGUCCUAGGUCUUUUCAGGCCUAGCUCCUUUUCAUCUGAUACAAGGAAAUGGGGUAGGAGACCAGACUCUUGCUUCUGAUCUUCCUUCAGCCCUCACUGUGGGAAUAAAUUAAGUUUCCCAACACAUA